CCUCCGCCACAACUUCCAAAACCUACACCCCAACCCACAAAACCUACACCACAACCUCCAAAACCAACUCCACAACCUCAGCCACAACCCCCAAAACCUGCAAUACAACCUCCAAAGCCUAUACCACAACCACCUCCUCCGCCACCAAAACCAUCUCCUCAAAUUCCGAAACCCCCAACAUUACCUUUACCAACCUCUCUAUCAUUGACACAAAAUAAAGAGGAAGAGUUAAAAACCCCAUCUCCUUCAUCAUCAGAUGGAAAUCAUUCCUUGCCUAGUUCACCUACACUACCACAACUUCCAAAACCUCAAGCUAGUUUUAGCGAUCCAUUAUGGACUGAAGAAUAUGAGCGAGUACUUACCUAUGUACUUGCUAAUCUCGGGCAAAAAGUAACCCCUCAAGCAAGGAUAAAUUACCUACCAAAUAUGCCUCUCCUUGUAAAAAAAUAUGGCAAGGUACACAAAAUAGACUCAACAACACAAAAACAAAUUAUAGAUUCAAUAGAAUUAUUGUAUCAUAGUGACUUUGAACGAUUUAAAGUCACAUUCACCCAUCCAAGCAUAAAAUAUCUUUCCUUUUCCAAUCAAUUAGGCUAUGUCUUAGGUUUUCAAAAUCCCAAUAUGGUUCAAAACAAUGAAAUUGCCAAAUACGGAUGUGAUCUACGAGGAGGUUUCUCUAGCUUUGCAGUAUACUCCAAAGGUCUUACUGAAAAUAUGAUUAUAGGCAAUUCACUCAGUUCGCUACUGAGAGUUGUUUCUGUAGCUGGAGCUACUCCCGGGGAAUAUUAUGAAAAAAUAUACGAUUCACCCAUUUAUGCACGAGUUUUGCCAAAAGAAGUAAAUGAAAUUGAGAUUGAAAUUAGAACAAUGGAUAGUGGUCGACCAGUACCAUUUGAGUUUGGAACGGUACUCCUGGUCCUUAUAUUUAAGAAGAUAAUAAACUUCUGA